UUCAUUACAAUUUUUCAACUUCUAUAUUUGCCACGAAUGUUAAAAAAUGGUAGCAUGCAGUUGUAAACAGUACAUGACAUCAUUGGUCAGGAGGUACUUUGCUGAAAAAAUAUUUUAAAGGAGGUACAUUUCUAAAAAAAAGUUUGAGAACCACUGUCCCAGAGGAGCUUCAUGUUCCUUAAAGUUAAUUCAGCACCUUUUUUUGUAUCUUGAAUCACGUUAUUAAACCUUUAUUCCACAUGGAAAGUUCCCUUCUUCUACUUUCUGGUGUGGCAUCAGUACGCUGCCGUAAUGUGACCUCAGCAACAACAACAAGUUUAAAGCCUGCGACUCAGCACCAGUCAGUUAGAACUGAAGAAGCUUCUUGGAUAAGAGGUGUUUAAGGAACUCAAGCAAGUCCAGUUGUCUACGAUACAGCACAUAUGAAUGUAGUCGCUGACAUGGAGCGUCUAAUCUGACCUGCAGCACUCUCACUCAAUAUCUAUGUACUCAAUACUGGACCAACUUUAAAAAAGGUGUUCCCGUUCGUCACUUAGACACAAAAACAUUUUAAAACAAGGUCCAGGUUGAAAGAUACCGAGCUGACCCUUGAAAUCAGAACUUGUAUUUAUCACUUGUGGUCAUUCAAGUCAUCUGCACUGAUCAUCAAACUCCUCUCUGGUUCUUUUCAGGAGCUUCAGAGCCAUGAAGAACUUCCUGUUCCUCCUCCUGGUGGUGACGGAGGCGUCCUCCAGGUCGCACAGCGGCUGGUGUGACCUGGGCUGCGACUGUCGAGGAGAUCUGAGGUUCACCAUCUGCUCCCGGGCGCUCAUCUCCCAGCUGCCCGCCAGAGUGCCCCCCAACACCGAGCUCCUGGACCUCUCCGACAACCACAUCUCCGUCAUCCCCGAACGCUCCCUCAGCAAAAACCGCAAGAUCCGAGUCCUCCUGCUGCAGAACAACAACAUCAGCGUGGUGGAGGACGGCGGCUUCUCUCAGCUGGAGUUCCUGCAGAAGCUGGACCUGAGCUGGAACCAGAUCUCCACCCUGACUGAAGGGUUCUCCAUCGGCCUGGCGUUCCUGCGGGAGCUGCAGCUCGCCCACAACCGCCUGACGAGCCUGGACAGCCGCAGCUUCCUGCACCUGGACGGCCUCCAGAGGUUAAACCUGACCAGCAACAGCAUCCACACCAUCCAGAUCAGGUCGUUCUCCUCCAUGAGCAGCCUGCGGCAGCUCCACCUGGAGGGCAACCAGCUGACGGCCCUGCGGAGCGGCAUCUUCUCCAUGCUGCGCUCCCUGGAGGUCCUCAACCUGGGCGGGAACCAGAUCAGUGAGACGGAGCCGGGCGUCUUCAAGCCGCUCAUCAGCAUGACGCUACUCAACUUAGCCAACAACCACAUGUCCACGGUGCAGUUCAAGACGUUCCUGAGCAUCCACACCUACAGCACCCACAUCCUGCUGGAGGACAACCCGUGGAACUGCGACUGCGACCUGCAGAGAGUCUUCAGGAAGCUGCGGAGCAUCCAGAGGCUCUUCCUGGACGACUACUACAACCUCACCUGCAAGGAGCCCGCCGUCCUCGAGGACUACAGGCUGAUGGAAGUGGACACGGAGCUGUGCCUCGCCGAGACGGUCACCGUGCUCAUCAUCACCGCCACCGUGGUGAUAACGGUGCUGGCGGCCAUGCUGAUGGGCGAGAGGAAGAGGAAGAAGAAGAAGAGGGGAAGCACUGGACGCAGCAGGGGGAGCUGUCAGAUGAGUCGGACUACUGAAACACAACUUCUGAACCAUGUCGCUAUUUAAUUUUAUUUUUUAACUCUUUAUUUUCCAGCAAAGAAAGACGAUUAAAAUAAACAUUCUAACUUUCAGGCUUCUCUGUCGUCGUCGUCGUCGCUUAAAUCCCUCAGGAACAUCUGCACGCCUGCAGAGAUUUGAGACUCUGUGGUUCAUUUUGUCGGAUUUCCCAUCUGCUUCGCACCGAACGAGCCUGAAAAAGCUUUUAAACCGACACUGUGGAGGGAAUUACUCUAAAACAUCUGCUUCAUUCAAUAAAAAAACUCUACUUUCCUUGAAAUGCAGUAAAUUUAAUCCGUAUAUUAAUGAAAAAUGUUUAUUUUCUCAUCUUAAAUGUUCAAAUAUAUUUAUAUGAAUGGAUACUGUUCCCUUUUUAAAGCUUGGAAAACAUUAAAUUGAAUGUUGAGACUUUUUCGUGACUAAAACUUUGUGUUUAAAAUGAACAUUUGCCCACACAGGACUUCACAUCAUCUGCUUAAGUGUCACAUGGAAGUCUGCAGCGCCCUCUGCAGUUGCUGUAAUAUCCUCAUCUGUGCUGCUCAGUGACACACUGGAGACCUUUAGGCGGAGCCGCUCUGAUGCAGCAAAGUCACAGGAUUCAGCACGGAGGGGACAGGAAGUUGGCAAAAUAAAAGCAUGAAGUAUGUCGAGGGAAAACAAAGAAUAUUAACACACACACAAGGAGUUUGCACAAACAAUACCUGGACAAUAAACAUACAAAACAAAGGUGAAAUAGUCAUUUAUUAUUUUUAUUUUAUUUGUUAUUUAAGCUAUCAAAUGCAUUCAAUUACACAGUUCUUUAAAAAGUCUUAAAAGACAGAAUUUAUUAAUCCAAAAAUAAGGCCUUAAUUGGUAUUUAAAUGUCUUAAGUCAGUCUUUCAAGAAUCUUAAAAAUGCUAUGACACAGGAGGUAGGGUUUUAGGUUUUUUCUCUGUUGACAUUGCAUUGUAAAAUUUCAAAAUAAAUCUGUUUGGUUUUUUAAUAAUA